AUGAGACACCAGUUUAUAUCUGACUUAGUCAGCGACCUGAAUGAAUUAUAUAAUUUCCAACUGGGAUUAUCUCUAUCUGUUUUAUUUAUCAUGUCAUUGUUAGAUAUUUAUGACACCGUAUCCAAAGAAAAUACGACUACAAAAACAUAUUUACUUUUCUACGGAUGGAUGGCACAGUAUUUACUAAGAUUUUCUUUCAUUGUUCUUACAACACAAGCCACUUCUAAACAGGCUAACAAAUCAAAAACACUAUUAACUGAUAUAGAUAAUAGAUAUUUAAAUAAUAAUACAAAAGAAGAGCUACGAUUGUUUCUUAGUCAAGUAUCAAGUCAUCCGGUGGAGUUUACAACUUUUGAUUUUUUCACGCUGGAUGCGCACCUUAUUACUUCUGCUAUAAUUGCAGGAACAACCUAUCUCGUUAUUUUGUUACAGUUCCGUUGAAUCAAGAAAAAGGCGAAUAACACAAAUAUUAAACGUUAUGAAUAAAAAUAAAUAAUUAUUUACAUUUAACUCUUAAAUGUAUAAC